GACACAACGCCGACGACAUGGCGGAGACGGUGCUCAUGAACUUCCUGCGGGGCGACGCGGGCCGGCUGGCGCGGGGCGGGGGCCUGGGCUCCCCGGGCGAGGGGGGCGCCCUGCCGCGCUGCCGCCCGCUGCAGCUGGCCUCGCAGAAGGAGGUGGUGCUGUACGCGCACUUCCGCCGCCUGGACUACUUCUCCGAGGAGUGCGUGUACGCGCCCGAGGCCUUCCGCGGCCACGCGCGCGAGCUGCUCAAGCUGCUGGAGGCGGCGCGGCCGUCGGCGGUGCUGGACCUCGUGCACUCGGCCGAGCGCCUGGCGCUGGCCCCGGCCGCGCGGCCCCCGCCCCCCGGCGCCUGCUCCCGCUGCGGGGCGCUGGCCAGCCGCGCGCUCUGCCAGGCCUGCGCCCUCCUGGACGGCCUGAACCGCGGCCGGCCCCGCCUGGCCAUCGGCAAGGGCCGCCGGGGGCUGGACGAGGAGGGGCCGCCGGGUGGCCGCGGGAGCCACAGCCGUCCGGACCCCCGACUUCGGAGCCCAUCCCCGGCUUCUAGAGACUCCAGUUCUCCGCUGGGAUCCGACGACGUGGGAGUGCGGGGCCGCCUGUAAAUGACACUGUGAAGGUACCCGAGUUACUUUAGCCCGGGCUUCGGCGUGAGGUUGGGAAGGGGUCGGAACCCCUUACCUGUGGUCCUGCAGAAGCCGGGGCUCUGCGCUCCUGGGGCUGCGGAGGACUCCUGGGUGCCUGGGGGACUCCUGGGCCUCAGAGAGGAGAGAAUUAAACAACUUUGCAUUCCUGAGCGAGUGGGAAUUAGGGGGCCUCUUGCCUGUACCUCUCUGGGGUUCUGGCCGUGCUCAGAUAGUCCUAACCCUUCUUGAGCGCCUGCGGUGCGCCUGAUGUUUCAUGUUUGCCUGCAGUGGGAUAAGCAAAACCAUGUAACUUGAUGGGCACGUCAGUUACAGCAGUCGUGAUGCUUCUGUGUGAGCGCUGUGUACGGGGCAGGCGCUGGAUCAUCUCGUUGCAUCCGCGCCACGAUC